AUGGCAUUCAACACAGACAGACUCUCGAACAUUCUGUCAAACAUGGAAGAGAACACCUCCAACUUAAAAUACGCAAUAAGGAACAACGUCUCUGAAAUUCUGAAGAAAGACACCAACCAGGAGAUAGAAAUGCUUCGUAACGAGGUCCGUGUUCUUAAGGAAAGAGCACUUGCAUGGGAAAAAGAAAGAGAAAACUUGCGCUGCAAUUUACGAAGAAAUGAAAAUAUAAAUGAAAAUGCUCUAGGGGCAAAAAGCACUGCAGAAAACAUCCUAGCAAGCAACAACGCAGCACAGCAUGAAAUUGAGGAAUUAAAGCAGCAACUGGAAAAGGCAAAGAAAGAGCAUGGGCGGUACAAAGAAUGGGCUGAGGCAAAGAUAAAGGCGCAGCUUGUUGACAUACUGGAGCUGAAGGGUGCAAUUAGAGUUGUGACCCGAAUCAAACCAUUUUCCUCAAAGGAGCAGGUUUUGUUUACUGAAGACACAAUUGAAGUUCCGCAGAGGUCAUUUGCUAGCCAGUGCACCCGAGUGCUCCCUCCAAAGACCACACAGAAAGAAGUGUUCUCUGAGAUUGAAGAUCUUGUGCAUUCUGUUACAAAGGGGUUUAAGGUAAGCAUUCUGGCAUAUGGCCCCACUGGAAGCGGCAAAACAUACACCAUGGAAGGGGCUUCUGAUGCAGAGUGCGUCACUGCAGAAAGCAGCCGUAGGAGCCGCUCUUCGUGCGUGGCCUACGCUGGGUUUACUGCGCAGUGUAUGUGCGAGCCAUGCGCUGGAAAAGGAGUAGUCUAUAGAAGCACUGAUGUUCUCAGAAUGGAGCUGGAAAGAAUGGAGCUGCUUGGGUACACGCACAUAGUUAAAGUCUCCGGGGUUGAACUGUACAAUGACAAAGUGAUAAAGUCUGUGGAGCAGCAGGGAAUAGAUAAAAUUGAGGAGGUCUUUAAGAAAGUCUCUAGCGACAGAAGGAUCAGCAGCACUGCGUGCAAUCAGAGGAGCAGCAGAAGCCAUUUAAUACUCAGAAUUAGUGUGCAUCUGCAGAGAGAGGUAAACUCUCGUGUAGAGUACAUUGAUGGGAGUCUGUGCAUUGUUGAUCUGGCUGGGUCAGAGAGGCUAAACCACUCAAAGGCGGAGGGUGAGCGAAUGAAGGAGGCUGUUGAGAUCAACAAAAGUCUAACAGCUCUUGGCGAUGUGGUGCAUGCUAUCUCCAACAACACAGCUCAUAUCCCAUAUCGAAACUCAACGCUCACGUCUUUGCUGAAAAGCACCCUCGGAGCAGGCGCUAAAACUGCCUUUAUAAUUAAUGUGGACCCUGGGUCAUCAAUUGACGAAACAAUUACCGCCCUACGAUUCUGCAACAGGCUGCAGAUGUGUAAGCUAGGCAGAUCAAAGGCAUCUGCACUAGAGAUAGUAAAAUAG